AUGGCGAACGACCCCAUGCGAGUGAAGCUGGAGCAGCUUGACGCUCUUUCGGGAGAAGCCGAGAACGACCCGGCGAAGUUCGGGCGGCUUCUGAACACCGCUAUGAGGGCGGGGGCUGCUGCUGGCGGAGACACUCAGCAGACGGAGGCCACGAUCGACGCGCAAGAGGAGCAGGACCUGAUGAAAGAACUCGAGUCUCAGCUCUACGGCUGCGAGAUGGACAUCUCCUCCCAGGACGCCCAGCCGACCCAGUACGAUCUGCCACCUGCUGACUUGCAGACAGAAGGUACAAAGGAUGGCUUUCAUGCCACGUUGGAGCAUCUCAUGCGUGAGGUCGGGCUCGAGGAACGCGAGGAUGAUGCGAUCAGAAAAUCUCCAAAGCGAGAGCUUGAAAUUGAUUUUGCCAGGGUCGCCAAGGAACUGGAGGAUGAAACCAUGUUGGCCAAGGAACAUGAGGAAGCUGAGAAAGCCAGCAGAAUGGCGAAGGAAAGGGAGGAAACUGAGAAAGCAAGGUUGGCCAAGGAAAAGGAAGAAGCUGAGAAAGUAAGCAAAAUGAUCAAGCAAAUGGAGGAAGCUGAGAAAGGCAGGUUGGCCAAGGAAAGGGAGGAAGCCGAGAAAGCCAUCAGAAUGGCCAAGGAAAUGGAGCAAGCCAAGCUGGCCAAGGAAAGGGAGGAAACUGAGAAAGCCAGGAUGGCCAAGGAAAGGGAGGAAGCCAAACUGGCCAAGGAAAGGGAGGAAGCUGAGAAAGUCAGGAUGGCCAAGGAAAUGGAGGAAGCCAAGCUGGCCAAGGAAAGGGAGGAAGCUGAGAAAGUCAGGAUGGCCAAGGAAAUGGAGGAAGCCAAGCUGGCCAAGGAAAGGGAGGAAGCGGAGAAAGCCAGGAUGGCCAAGGAAAGGGAGGAAGCCGAGAAAGCCAUCAGAAUGGCGAAGGAAAUGGAGGAAGCCAAGCUGGCCAAGGAAAGGGAGGAAGCUGAGAAAGCCAGGAUGGCCAAGGAAAUGGAGGAAGCCAAGCUGGCCAAGGAAAGGGAGGAAGCUGAGAAAGCCAGGAUGGCCAAGGAAAGGGAGGAAGCUGAGAAUGCCAGGUUGGCCAAGGAAAGGGAACAGUUCAGGCUGGCAAGAUUGGCCAAGGACAAGGAGGUCGACAUGGCAACACAGGCAGCAAAAAAAUACCAGGCUUUGCCAAUGAACGCGACAAAGUUGCAAAAGCUACAGCUCUUGCAGGACAUUAUGGCUACUGGGGAUGAGGGUUGCAAGCAGUUCUGCAAGGAUGAGCUUGCAAAACUGAUCAAGCCGAAGGCAGCAACACCAGCUCCGGCCCGUACCAGUGAUGCCGAUCCUCCGGCCCCUACCACCACGGGUGCCGAUCCUCCGGCCCCUACCACCAGGGGUGCCGAUCCUCCGGCCGCUACCACCAGGGGUGCCGAUCCUCCGGCCCCUACCACCAGGGGUGCCGUUCCUCCGGCCCCUAAUGCCCCGACCUUUGAUGAUGUCAGUGCGAAGAUGGGUUGGUCAAGUCCUGCAACCCCACGCAUGGUGGAGGCACCUGGUACGCCAUCUCCUGCAACGCCUGGCAGUGCAAUCACAACGCCUGGCAGUGCAAAAACAACGCCUGGCAGUGCAAGCGACGGCUUGGUCCAAGGUUCUGCGCCACUCUACAACCGAAAGAACGCCGCCAUGUUCUUGAAUCGCCUGAAAGGCAACCCAAAGAGGAUGCAAGCCUUGCCUGAUGACUUGGCAAAGUUGGUGCGGGACGAAGAUUCAAAGAGCAAAGCCAUCGACUUGAUCGUCGCUGCAGGAGGAGACGAAAAUGAGCUGGUCGGGCAGUGGACUGCAUCGUCCAUUUCUGUGGGGACGGACAAGGAAAAGGGAAAGAUGAAACCUUUGACGGAACAGGAAUUGAUCGGCAAGUACGGUGCGGUCAAUGCUGCGAAGGUGAUGGAGGAAAAAAGGAAGGCUGGUUUGGAGGUUGAUGAUCCCAAUUGUAAAGGGCUGAAGCUUUACUUGCACAACGAGUGGCAGAGGGAAUGGACGAGAGGCACAGAAGAACGAAGCAGUUUCACUGCUUCCGGAGAAGUUCGUGCGGGUGACGCUGCCAACGUUGCACAAAUUCUCAGUGUGCACCGGCGGGCGCUGACAGGGCCCGGCCAGGAUGAUGAGGACAAUGUGGACAUGGAGGAGGACCCAAAGCCACUUCCGAACAAAAAACCAAAGAAAGCCAGGAAAAAUGAAGCCAGCGGCAAAGAGAAAGACGAAGACGGUGAAACUGAGCCGGAAGCACCACGAGGGGAGAAACUUACACCGCUGGACAAGGCGGCAGACUUAAGGGGGCGGGCCCUCUCGAAGGCCAACCACGCUGGCUCGAUGCGGAAGCAGUUGAAAGGAGUCAGCUAUGCGACUGAAUGCCUCAAGGAGAUGACCAACUUCGAGCAGGAGUUCCAGGCGAUCUACGACCAGGUGGACAAGCUCAUCUCUGAGCUGGUCCACGAUGAUGGGGUCUAUCUUCCCAUUGCUACCAGAUAUCUCGAUAUCGCGAAGCGUUAUGAGAGGCCCAGCAAGGUAGCAAACAGCUUGAUCCGAGCUGCGAAGGCGACUCCGAAGGAUCCAACCGCGCCCAAAGGAUCGGCUAAAGCCAAGUCCAAGAAGCGCAAAGCCGCGGAGGGAGCCUAG